AUGGAUUGGUUUCAUUGCAACCAGUGUUUCAGCCAGGAGGGGUCUGAUUUUUCUGUCACCAGCUGUGGACACAUAUUUUGCAAAAAAUGUGCUGGCUCAGGUAAGAGCACCAGCAUGUCAUGUCUACCUUGUCUGGGACGCAUUCAGACAUGCCAUCAUAUCCUUUAAGUUUAAGCCGGUGUCACAGGACCCUUUGAUUGACAUUCAAACAAUCACUGAUUUCUGACCUUCUACAGAUGUGCAAUAAACCUUCAUUUCAGUUUCCUGUGUAUAUAACUUUGUUGCUUAUGUUCCUGUUUAUGUACAGUAUAUAAUUUCCCUGCUACAUUCUACAGUCCUACGAUAACAUUAAGAAAUGCCAGGAAUCUUAACUCCAUGGUGGAUCAAAAGUAAUUGAAUGUUUAAAUUUUCAAUAAAUUUGAGUUAAUCUUAAUGCUGCAAUUUUUAUAUUAAUCAUUUCUGAUCUGUUUUAAUGAGUAGAACAAUUUUAAGACAAUCAAAUGACUUUGAAUCUAAGGACUUGUGAUUUUAGAGGACUGAUCUGUUUUGUUCUUUUGGAACACUUCUUAUCUACAGUAAUUUUUAGUAUGUGCACUAACUUUUUGCAUUUGAAUCCUGACAGAUAAAUGCCCAUCUUGUGGAACAAGCACAAAAUAUUUGCUUCUUAAUGAUAAUGUAAGUUGUGGCUUCUACUUACCUUGAAUCAGAAGAUGGUGAGAUGCCCUCCCUUAGAUCCCAAAAUAUUUAAUAAUGUCAAUGGUGAAUAUCCCCUUCUGUGUUUUUCCUUCUGACCCACAGAUGCAGCCAGAAGCAAAAAAGUUUUUCAAAAGUCCCAUUGAACUUGUACUCGGCCAUAUUGCCCAUAUUUCUCAGGUAAGAGUAAAGGCUUGUCCAUACUUGUGCUUGUCCUGCCACUUUCCCCUGGGAAAACCCAUUAUUUACUGCUGAAGCAAAGCAAACAUCAUUUGGGUUUUCUGCAGAUUAACAUUUGCUCUGAUUCAGCAGUAAAGAGCGGGGUUUUCCCAGGGAAAGUGGCAGGAAAAACAGAAUACCUCUUGGACUUGUGCUUUCUAGGCACAGGACAGGUGAAUUUUGGAUGAGCCCUAACAAACCAGACAUUGGUCCUGAAAUUCAUUCUUGAUCCUGGAUUCUAAAAUGUGUGGCACUGACUGUCAAAACUAAAGACAAUGCAAGGAAGGAAAGCUCAACAGCCUGGAGUCUGAAGUUAGCAAUUAGUUCCUAAUUCCUUAUUCAAAAGUUCAAAAUAGAGCUGCAUGAGAAAUCUGAAUAACAAACUGAAAUUUAUAUGCAUCUGUAGCCCAAAAUAAGCUUUGGACUAUCCCACAUCGUAUGUCUCCAUGACUGGGAAACUGUUUCCUUUGGCCUCCAAUAUAAUUCUCUCCAAUCAAAGGAUUUUUGCACAAUAUGCUUUUUAACACAUGGGGAUCCCAGGUGACUUGAACUGGAGACAUGCACACGAAGUAAACUUUGGGUCACCACAAAUCAUGCAGCCACAUUUACAGGAGAGUCCUCUGUGAGAUACUCUAGCACCGUGUCUGGCCCAACACUACAUGUUGGCUUAAGAUACUGUCAAGUGUUCUGCUCCAAUAUGUAUAUAUCUGUAAACAAAUAAGGAGGUGAGGGCAGUUUGUACCUCAAUCUAAGCUUGAGGCCACCAGGAAAGUCCUCCGUGAGACAUAGCCCACAAUACAUUUAGGGCUAUCACAAAUUAUAAAUUGACACAAUGGGGAAACUGCCUUUCAGAUGCCCUAGAGUCCUGAACAGAACUUUCAUUUGGCACACUGUCAGCUGGCCUUCAAACAUGCCAAUACUACUCAAGGAGUAAUUCAAAGCAAGGAGUUGGAUCAGCAAAGCCAGGAGGUUCAAGGGAUUGGCACUGGGCCUCCUGCUUGAUGGGUAGGUCUUGACAGGUGUUUGACAUUUCUGGCACCUUAUGCCAACUCUGGGAACAGCUGCUGCAUGCACAGAGUCAAAGUCACUUGCUGAAUGUAAUGUGUAUCUCAAAUAAUGGAAUUUGGUGAUUACUUUUCAGCUAUGGCUGGUGUUCUAGUUGCCUGCAAAGAAAGCAUUAUGUGAAUGGUGGAGCUGCUUGAAGUGCUUUCAUCACCGUCUGUGCAAAUGAAUGGUUUUCUUUCCAGCUACAGUUUCUGAAAAUUAAUUUGGCAAGUUUGCAUCAGGAGCUAGUUUUGGACAGCACUGAUUGCCUAUCAUUUGAUGAACUUCCCCCACUACCCUGGAGCAGUUCACAACUUAAAAUAAAAGAUUGUACUCCUUUUGAAAAUGCAAGAAAUGGAAGUUUAAUUGAAAAGGCAGAGUUACUUUUAACCAUAAUGCAUCGGUGGGGAAAAGCCAAGCUUCCUCCCAUCCCUGAGAAAAAAAUCUACUGCAACUCCUGUUUUAAUGUUUCGUUUCUUUGAAUGAAAUGAGUGGCCAUACCCUCUAGAAUGGCAAGGGCCUGAAUGACAUUCUUAAUUUCCCUAAAGGAGCUAUAAUUCCCCAAUCUGCUGAGAAUCAAUAGUUGUGAGUUCCCAUAAUUCAUCCCUCCCAUGGUUCUCUUCUUAGGUGUGGACUUUCCAGAAAAGCCAGAUGGAGCUGCUUGCCUCUUUUUAUAAAUACCGUGCUUCAAAGGCUGAAGGAGCUCUGCAGCAAGUUUACCAGGAACUAACUACACAGGAAAAGUGAGACAAGCAGGUUGCAAAAAGAAAAGAAAAAAGGGGUCUGGGCGAACAGCAGGGAUUAUUCAAGACGGCAUGGCCUGCAUCCGCACAUUUUACAUACAAUAAUCUUUCCCCUUUCCUUCCUUUCUGAAAGAGGAGUCAUGUCCGUAAAUCCAUAGAAAAUAUCCCAUUUUUUAUUUAUUUUUUACUAUUUUGUGAAAGAAAGCAGUUCGUUUCUGUUUUGGUGGACAAGGGCACUUGGUCAGGAGUGCAGCAAGCCCUCAUGAUAAUGUGAACAUUUAACACGAGUCAAUAGACUGAGAAUAGGAGUGUUUACUUCUGCUCCCUCCUAAUUUAAAAUUUAUCAGUCUUUUUUUAAACAAAAGUUAGGGCAGAACUUAUGGGAUCCUAGAGCCAUCCCACCAACCCCUCUCUGUUAGUAAACCACUUUGAGGGUUUUAGUUUUUGCAAUUAUGCAGUGUACAAUUUUUAUGAAAUAAAAUAACAAUAAAUCAGUACAAAAGUAUUCUGCAAUAAUGAUUAAAGGGCCACGUUUGGGAAUGAGAGGAAGGGAGGUGUGGAAUAUUGCUAGGUGCUUUGCCAAGACAUCUAUCUUGUGCAUCAAAUGCUUAGGGAGCUGGAGGCAUUACAGAAGGAGAACAGGGAACUGAUGAAGAAUCUCUGCUCAUUGGAGGUAGGAGCUGUUUGUCUGGAACAAACCCAACUCUGUGUUUUGCUUCCUGACCCCCUCUGCUGGGACAGAGGGAAACAUUUUCACCAUGGGCAAAUUCUCCACUCUUUUCCUACAGGAUUCCCCACAUCAGCUCCAGGAUAGCAGGUGAGUGUUUCUGUUCUGAUCUGCUAGGACAAUUGCCAAGAAUUGCAGUGCAUGGAAUGGAGCAGGGAUGGAGAAUCCCAGGUCUAGCAGCUGAAUGCAGCCAUUCGGGCUUCUCUUUCUGGCACUUGGGGACUUUUCCAAGGCCAAAAACCUCAUCCCCACUCUUCUUCUUCUUUGGUGAUCACUCGUGCUGAGUAAGUUUGUCUUCCAUAAACACGGUUUUAACAAUGAGUCCAUAAGUGACUGUGGAGGCAAAUUCUGGAUCCACAUGUCCUUCCACAGUGGGGACAUUGGUUUCUGGGCAGGAGUUGAUCACAGUGAGGGUUUGCCAAGCGUUCCUUCCUCUUAGCAUGUUUCCUCCUUGCGUCCUGAGUUCGAGUGUCUUCAAAGCCCAUGACACCUUUGGUGAAGGCUGUUCCCCAAUUGGAGCGCUUGCAGGCCAGUGUUUCCCAAUUGUUGGUGUUUAUACUACAUUUUUAAAAGAUUUGCCUCUUUUGUUAACCCACCAGCAUUACGCUUUCCAUUCUUAAGUUCGGAAUAGAGUUGUUGCUUUGGAAGACGAUCAUCAGGCAUCCGCACAACAUGACCAGUCCAACGAAGCUGAUGUUGAAGAAUCAUUGCUUCAAUAUACCCCUCAAUGUGUCACCAAACUGUAAUAAUGCCUCUAGCUUGCCUGGCUGGGGGCUAGAAAUGUGGGUGGGAUUUGGGUGUACGUAGAGAUUCCUGACUUUUACUCUGCAUCCGUUGCCCCAGCCACUUCUGCGCAUGGCCCUGCCUGUUUCUCAGGCUGAAAAGGGCUUCUCACCCUUGCCUUAGAGGCUCUUCAUAUCAGAGGUGUGCUUGGGUUUGAGGCCCACGCUGAACAUCCUGUUGGAAGCUGCCCAGAGUGGCUGGGAAAGCCCAGCCAGAUGGGCGGGGUACAAAUAAUAAAUUAUUAUUAUUAUAAUUAUUAUUAGCAAAACAGGCAAGGUAAUAUGGUUUCCACCUUGACUGAACAAAAUUCCUUUUAAAUUGUUAUAGAAACAGCACACCGCGGCCAGUUGCCAUCAAACCCCCCUUACAGCCAGGUAGGACAUUUUCAAUUGAGGCUUUGGGACAAAUGUGCAUUUGGUAGCAUAAAUUAUUGUGGAUGUGCAUGUGAGUGUAUAACCUUUGCCUAUGUGGGCCUAUGAGGAGGCAGAAGAGAACUUGCAAAUAGUAAAGGUGAACAAAUAAUUAGACAAAACAAUACAACUGCUAAGUUUUAUAUCAAGCAGGCACCUUCACUGUAUUCUUUUUAGAGCCUGCCAAAAAUGUUCUUGUUUAGGCAAGCCUACCCAGACGCGGGGGCGCUAGGACUUGUCGAUCAGAAGGUUGGUGGUUCGAAUCCCCGUGACGGGGUGAGCUCCGUUGCUUGGUCCCUGCUCCUGCCAACCUAGCAGUUUGAAAGCACGUCCAAGUGCAAGUACGGUAGAUAAAUAGGUACUGCUCUGGCGGGAAGCUAAACGUCGUUUCCGUGCGCUACUCUGGUCUUGCUGGCCACAUGACCCGGAAGCUGUACGCCGGCUCCCUCAGCCAAUAAAGCGAGAUGAGCGCCGCAACCCCAGAGUCGGCCGCAACUGGACCUAAUGGUCAGGGGUCCCUUUACCUUUUACCCAGAUGCUUAGAAAUGCUGAUGUGAAUUUUAAUCUGCUUUAGUAUUUAAACUUCUAGCAUGUUUCAAUGUAUUGUAAUUUUUUCCUGAUUUUAUUAUUUUAUCUUUUCGUAAACCACUUUGAGGUCAAUAAAUUUUAUGAAAUAAAUGGAAAAACAAAUAAAAACAUGAAUUAUGCAAUGGUCCAAAGAGUCCAAAUAGAAAAUUAAGACAAUUAUUGCCGGCAAACUUUGAAGUCAGCCAAUCUGCAUAUUCCUCUAGUCCACAAAGAUGCUGGACAAUUCAGAGUUGAUUCUUCAAACAGCUUUAGUCCCCAAGUAGACUUGAAAUUUUUUAGCUUGAAGGAGGUAGAUACAAGGUGAUAAGAGCUUAGAAUUGUUAUUCAGCUCCCCAACAGACCAAGUUUUCCCUCCUAUUUCUUUGCUGAGUGACUCUGCCCUCCAGGGCUAAAUCAAGCCCAUCAUGGGGGUUACAAGAGCAUAUGUUACAGCUUUGCACAUGUAUGAAUGAAAGUAGCCUUGACUGAGGAAGAGAAAGCAAAUGUGCUUCCAUGAUACCGCAUACUGUGCUAACAUAUAUGGAGGUAUGAAAAUCAGAUUAAGAGCAUGCGUGCCUUUUUUUGUUCUUCAGCAUUUAAUACCUUUUAGUGAAGUCACUUUCCUUCAGAGACUGCUGUUCCUCCUGCCCUGGGAUUCUUAUCUAGGAUUCUUUAAACAGAGUUGUCAGGAACUGAACUGGGAUCUUCUAUAUGCAAAGCGGUCAUUGAUACCACUAGGUUUAGCUUCAUGCUUCCUCUUCACAAUAAUCCACUAUCUCAUACUUUGCAGUUACCCUACCGUUUAAUUUCCAGAAGUCCAGUGAAGUGAUCAGGUAGGCACAUAAGAAAUUUAAUAUUCUUUGGGUGUGAUAAGUAGCAGGGAAUAUGUAAGCUUGCUCAAAAUUCCAGAAAAACGUAAGGGGGAAAACAAAGUUCUCUAAUCCUCAUGGCUGUAGAAAAAGAAAAAAAUUGAAAUACGUAUUCAAGAAGUGAAUUGUUUCAGUCAAUGCAAGGAGGAUUUGCUUUACAUAGGUUCCUUUUGCUGCUUGCAUCAUGCCUCAGGACACUUGCUGCUGUUUCUUUUUUCAAGUUCCAAAACUGUGAAGUUUGAUCCAGAUUCAGAGUUUUUCAACUGUUCCCUUGCCUUGUUUUCCCCAAACUGGACUUGGCAACUAUAGAAAUCAAGUUUCUGUAGUGUAUGAUUUUUCCUUAAUACGCAUACAUUGGUUUAGUACAGUCACAAAAUCUGGAUGUCUAUCCAGCCUUCUAUUCCCACUAAGGACCGCUUAACUUUUUGUACCUCUGCGCCUUAUAGCCGCUCCUCUUCCAUGGAUUCCAUCUCCUCAAGAGCCAGCCACCCACCAAACUGGCAAGUGAGUCUCCACACUGCUAUCUUCCUGUUCCCAGGUAUGGAAAAGAGAGGAUGGGUAUCUUAUUUUUGCCUUCCAGACUCACGAUGGGGAUGUCUCAUUUUUUUCCCCUCAGCUUGCUACAGGAACCACCUGGAUGACUUACGGCAGGAUGACCCCAGAUAACCCUAAUAAUGGUAAGAAAUAUGGGAGGGAAAAGGUAGAAUGGUUUUAAUACUGCAAUGGGUAUGGAAGACAAGAUGAUAACAGAGGGUUAGGAUGAACAGAAUGGAUCUCUCUUCUUCUCCAAGGAUUUCAAGUAUAGCUGUAGCCUCUCCUGCGGCGAGACACUACUUUUGCAGCCAAGCUGAAAAAUGUGGUGGUGGGGAUUUAUUACACCAAUCUGAUUACAUCUCUCUACCCCACAUUAGUCACUUUAAAUUAGUCACCCAAGAUGAGCCCUCACACUCUAAAGUUAAACCUUGUUCUUCUCAUAUCACUUUUUCAUAGAUUCUCUGUCGUUUCAUACUAUGUAUAAUACCUUAAAUUCUAUUUUCCAGCUACUCCUUCUCCAGCAUCCACUAGAGGCUUAUUCCACAGGUGAGUCUGAGAGUAGGGUGUGCGCUUGUCCCCUCCAAGAUGCUACUACUGCAUCAUCAUAUAGCAGCUGUUUAGGUGUCUUAUUACUGUAAUUUUCACUUCUCACUGUCAUAUAAACAAAAUAAGGCACGGUCAGAGGCAGCAAUGCUACUGAAUACCACUUGCUGCAAAGCACAGGAAGGGAAGAGUUGCUCUUGUGCUCAUGCCCUAUCUCCCGCAGGCAUCUAGUUGACCACCAUGAAGACAAGAUGCUGGACUAUAUGGGCCCUUGUCCUGAUCUAGCAGGCUGUUCUUAUGCUCUUAGGACAGGCCUAGCUCCUCAGGAUGCAGUCCAAGAGGCUGAGGUCAAACAGUUCAUCCUGUCCCAGGUUACAACUAUAUCAGUGUUCAAGUCGUUAUUGCUUUUGACUCUCAGAUCAGGUGGAGGAGGACCAUAUGCCAGAACAUCACAGCAUUGA